AUGCCUGAACUCAACGCGACAGAGAUUGUGAUCGCUUACGCUGAGCAUGGAAUCUCGUGCACUGCGGUAGCUGGUGGCUGGGGGAUCAACCCAACCGUAUCCGGAUCGACCUGCUACUACAGCCGGAGCGGCAGCAGCUACUCUGAGUACGGUGGCUAUUGCUUUCCGGAGGUGAACGCAGCGACUUUGGAAGAAGCAACCGUUGCAGUGAUGGCGCAGGAAUACUGCAACGGCAUCACGUACGAGCCUUACAAUUUGCGCUACACGGGCCGUGCUGGCACGAGGCUGUUCGGCUCAAGUGGAAGCAGGUUUAUCAGCUGGCUGAAUGAGCUUCGGAACCUGAUUGCUGAAGCAGUGAGCACGGGCCAGGACGCGGUGAUCCUGCUGGCCCCGGGCGCCCACAUCAGCUACCAAACAGGCUUUCUCGGCGGUUUGGAGUACCUCGCCGCCGGCUUCACCGCCUCAGGAGCGCCGUACUAUCGCGACGCCUCGUCCUCGCAUUACAUCUACUGGGAUCCUUCUUGCAAUGCCUUUGACGGGACCGACUUUUACGUCAAUGCCAAGGCGCCGGAUCACAUUGGCGGGAGUCUUGGUCUGACCGUCGCUGCUUGGGUCAAGCGAAGCAGGUCGGGGAACCAGGGGGAUCGGCUGAUCGAUUUUGGUAAUGGGGGAGGGUCCGACAACAUAGUGGUCGCAUUUCAAUACGGAGUGGCGUAUGAUGUCUAUCUGGGGUCGACACAGUAUUCAUUCGCACCCUCUCAAGGCCCGUGCCCGGCUACUCCACCAUCCGACAGAUGGGUCUGCGGAGCGUUCCCAGUCGACGUGUGGACUCACGUGGCGGUUGUCCACAAGCCGGACGAGACAGUCACGAUGUAUUGGGACGGCGUACCCAGGGGCUCCGGUUCGUUGCCUCUGCCGCCUGCGGUCGCACGCUCGGGCUUGUACGUGGGCAAGAGCCACUGGGGGUACGACCCCUACUUUCGAGGCGAGAUGCGUGACGUCUUUGUCUUCAACGGCGCCCUCGAUGACGGCGAGCUGCGCGAGCUGCGAGAAGGAUCGGCUGCCUCGCAGUGCUCCCUUGAGCACUGCAUCGACUCUUGCACAGAAAUGCAUCCGAACACGACGAACGUCGAGUACCACUGCUAUCAUCCCUUUGACUGCAAGUGCUACUGCCAGUCUGCCUGCGAGUGCAUGGAGGAUGUGGGCGAAACAAGCACGUGGGCGCGCGUGGGCAAACCCGCGGUAAAACUCCUCAAAGCAGUCCUUGCACUCGAGGCCCCUUCCUCGAGCGUCCUUUGA